CAGCGCACAGCCGGGCGCUCCGUGACAUCACCCGAUGCUCCCGGAAGUGUGAAACGGGACCAGGCCGGGGCUGGCGAGGUAUUAAAUAUCAACGCUGAUGUUCAUGACCACAGUUGUAUUUAAACAAUGAGUGAACCAGAGCUGUUGCUGGACUCCAAUAUUCGACUAUGGGUGGUCCUCCCCAUAGUCUUCAUAACAUUUUUUGUGGGGAUGAUUCGUCAUUAUGUGUCCAUUUUGCUCCAGAGUGAUAAAAAGCUCACACAGGAGCAAGUGUCAGACAGUCAAGUUCUAAUUAGAAGUAGAGUUCUGCGAGAAAAUGGAAAAUACAUUCCAAAGCAGUCAUUUCUGAUGCGGAAGUAUUACUUCAAUAAUCCUGAUGAAGGGUUCUUUAAGAAAACUAAAAGGAAGGUAGUACCACCUUCCCCAAUGACAGAUCCAACCAUGUUGACUGAUAUGAUGAAAGGGAAUGUAACAAAUGUACUGCCGAUGAUUUUAAUUGGUGGCUGGAUCAACAUGACUUUCUCAGGUUUUGUUACAACAAAAGUCCCCUUUCCCUUGACGCUGCGUUUUAAACCAAUGCUACAACAGGGUAUUGAGUUGCUUACUUUGGAUGCAUCCUGGGUAAGCUCAGCAUCUUGGUAUUUCCUAAAUGUCUUUGGACUUCGAAGCAUUUAUACCCUCAUUCUUGGCCAAGACAAUGCUGCAGAUCAGUCCAGAGUAAUGCAGGAGCAGAUGACAGGGGCAGCCAUGGCGAUGCCUGCAGAUACUAAUAAAGCUUUCAAGACGGAAUGGGAGGCUCUGGAACUGACUGACCAUCAGUGGGCACUAGAGGACGUGGAAGAGGAACUCAUGGCUAAGGACCUCCGCUUCGAAGGCAUGUUUAAGGAAGAGUUGCAGACAUCUAUGUUUUGAGUGUCUUUCUACUGUUGGCAUUAAAUUGGUUAUGUUUUAAUAUCAACAAUGUAUUCUUAUUGGUGAACAGAAUAAACAUGACCAGAAUUUCUGUGAGCUGCGUAGCUGCGGAUGAGAGUCUUACUUCUCAGUUCUCAUCUGAUGGUUUUAAAGUCAUAGUGGAGCUCUGGUGUAAGAGUGACUUGCUAGGCCAGAGGGUAAGCUACUAAACAUGAAGGUAUUAACCAACUAUAUUAGAAGAUGCAUUUGUAAAUUCAGGGCAGGGGGUCAAAUGUGACUGUGGAUUCUUACAAGAUUUAAAUUUAAAUCUGCAAUGUUAAGAUCCAGUCAGGGUCUCUUAAUAUUUUUGAAAAUAUUGGUAUAUGAUUUAUCCCUAAAGUCUCUUUUUUCAAUAGGUGAAAGAAUUGCCACAUGAAAUAACUAUAAGACUUCUUAGAAUGUAGGCAUCCAGUGGGCCAGAUGAUGCAGCACUUUCCUUUCUGUCCACUAGGAGGCAGAGUCUGAGAAGACAGGCUUGUCCUGGACUGGUCAGAAGGUACCUCAACCUCUCGCCAUUUUGUUAGGGUCAUAAGUUCAGGGUCUCAUCUGUUUGGCUAGAGACUGAGAACUCAUUCUUAUAUGUAACAAAACCAGGAGUUUCUGCACUUCCACGCUCACUGACAUCAGCCCCUGGAACCAAUCAUUUGUGCUUUCAUUUCUUUCACUUAAUAAUUUGUUGGAAUGUUGGAAUGUCAAAUAUGCACUUGGUCCAGGGCAAAAUCCCUUUGUUGUUAAGCAACCAUUCUUUGUCUUUAGAAAACAGGCUCGAGGCCUUACCAUUAUUGUUUCCUUAACAAACAGGCAUCUAAAGUCUCUGUGUAUUUGUGACCUAACAUACUUCAUGAAUUGUGUUCUGUUGCUUUUUUGGAGGCUUGUAUAUAUAAUCAAAGGACAAUGCACAUUCCUGAAAUUCCUGAUGCUAGAUCUAACUAGGUUGACUGAAUAAAAUGUUCUCGUUUAUUUAGUAGCCUAAUGCUGAGAAUAGUUGUGCACUAGUUGUUACACACUAAACUCACACAAUAGACAAAAGGUUAUUGAAGCUGUACCCUUUCUUUUGUUACACUCAGAGGUUAGUUAGAAUAAAAACAACUGAUAUGCUAA